AUUAAGACGGCGCAACCGCCAUCUCAACUUGUUAUCUUUUAAUAGACGCAUAUUCGCUGAUUUAGUAUUGUAGAAAAUACCAACGCGUCGUCAAUUCUCAUAAUUCAUAGCGUUCUAAUCACCAUCUCCAGUCAUUUCUUCCUUCACUCUCACUCUCAUUCCUUCGUCUAUCCGCAUACCAAUCUCGUCGCUGGUGACGUCGUCUCAUCUCAUCCGACGUAUACUCGAUUCCAGCCAGCAAUUCUCCGAACUGCAAAUCACUAUUACUACCUUCAAUACAUACGAAUCACUUUACUGCGCCCAUAGUUACCUUCCAUAUAUUACUACCUAGAACCGCGCGAAUAGAAUCCCGAGUUAGUAUGGCAUCAGUAACAUCCUUGGACAAGGACUUGCGAAAGUUGCGUCUCGAAAAAUAUACGCCAGCUGCUGCGAACGAGGCACAGUCGUGGAUUGAGGGUGUAUUAGGUAGCAGACUUCCAUCCAACGAUCUUCUCGACGGACUUAAGGAUGGCGUUGCUCUAUGCAAACUCAUUAAUCUGGCUGUCGGUCCGCCCGGCGUUAAAUUCAAGCAAUCUGCUAUGCCAUUCAUCCAGAUGGAGAACAUCUCCCAUUUCCUUCGUGCCUGCCAAUCGCCACCCCUGAAUUUACAAGAUCACGACGUGUUUCUUACAGUCGAUUUAUACGAGCGGAAAGACCCUGCCCAAGUUCUCCAGUGCCUCGGCGCUUUCUCUCGAGCCGCGCAUUCCCUUAACCCCUCCGCAUUUCCCUCCCCCAUUGGAUCAAAGGCGAAAAUAACCACCACCAUGAGCCCGCAGAGCACAGGUCCAACGACCCCGCGUAAUAGAAAAUUGUCCAAUGUCAGCAACAACUCAUCUACGUACGGUUCACGGUCUGGUAUAACCCCUACGAAAACUGGAGACUCGGGCUCGGGACGCUGGAGUCCUACUAAGAGUCCACCGCCAUCGAGCGAACGUAUAGGAUCGCCGUCUGUAUCUAGUUGGAGCAAGAGAGACCUCGAAGGGGUUACAAGCCCCGCAUGGAACAUUGCGCAGUACGGCUAUAUGGGCGGCGCAAGUCAGGGCAACCUAGGUAUAUCCUUCGGAGGGCGGCGGCAGAUUACCAGCGCUAGUCCUCUUGUCCCCAACUUGGCCGAUAAGGAGCGCAAGCGCAAAGAGCAGGAGGCCGAGGUUGAACGACAGAGGUUGCAAGCAGAUGACGAGGAACGUAUCCGUAAGGCUGGGCUAGAAGCUGAAGAGGAACGGGCACGGUCAGUAGAGGAGCAUAAAUGGGAGGAAGAGACGAGACGGCUACGCACUGAAGAAAAGCGCAAGGCGGAAGAAGAGAAACGUCGGUGGGAGGAGGAAGAGCGCCAAUGGAAACUAACAGAGGAAAAACGAAGGAGGGAAGAAGAAGAAGCCGAAGCAAAAUUAGCCGAAGAGCGCCGUCGUGCGAAGGGUCAAAACGAUAGCCGAUUACAAGGGCAAUUCCUUAGCCAAUACCAGGCCGAACACGAUAUCACGCCGCAAAAGAGUGGCGGUGGCGGAUAUAGCGAUCGCAUCAAACAGUUAGAGCAAGAACUAGAGUUGGCAAGGAAACGAGAGACGGAAUAUGAGGAAGAGCGACAGAGGCGGUCACAGAACCGAGCGCGAUCUCGUAGCCGGCCAAAAAAGGUAGAAUCUAGGCCACCUAGUCGCCAAGACUCGUGGCGACCGAAAGACGAGCGCGAGUUCCUCAGUACACAAUGGAAUCGACGCCAGCAAGAGCAGCGAGAGCGAGGGCAACAACAAGAACCACAGCAGGACACUGCUCCUCCGCCUCCGCCGCGUCCACUCCCCGUACCUGGAUUGGCUGCUCCAAUAAAAACCAAUCGCACAGGAGAGAACCCACCCGUUCCCGUAAAAUCUCAAAGAACUGGGGAGAGUAGGCCCCUUCCCAUUCCGGACCGGAUUAAGAAUCAGGCAAUCGGUGGCUCAAGUCCAAACCCGUCGGCACGGCCCCUUCCUGUCCCAUCCUCGAAUUCCAACGGUAAUCGUACGGAUCGCUUCCUCGCCUCCAACCCGGCGCCCGCUCCGGCUCCUCCGCAGCAAACUUACUCUCGUGAGCUCGACGCCACAGCAGAACGUGAUGCGGAGGACAGACGACGAGCCGAAUCACAAGCUAAGACGAAGGCAGGCGGCUGGGCCGGCAAGUCUUUACUGGAGCGCGAGAUGGAAAUGGAAAGGCAAAGACAGCGCGAAUGGGAAGAGUCACAGCAGGAGACGGCUAAGGCGGUUAGAGCAGGCGAUGGUGUAGAUGGUAUUGGCGGCGGAGUUGGUGGCCGGUGGGACGUUAGUCAGUGGAGCGGAUACACUGGCGGCGACAGCCAAAACAAUGGAUCUGCGGGUAUCGGAGCUGGAAGGAGGCAAAUCGUUGGGCCUAGGCCGUUACCAAACAGACCCGGGCCGUGAACGACUCCCCCGAUGGAAUAGUGCGGGAUUAGUUAUCUACCUGUUCCCAGCAGUGUACUUAAGGUCAUUUGAGGAAUAGAGAACCAAUAACGACAUUAUGCAAUAUAUUUCAUCAAGUUCGGCAUUAGAGUAUUGUCGGCUUCUUAUUUGAGGACAAUUGUGAAGGGGAAGGGAAUUAUGAGUUUGAGU